AUGCAGACGAGCGGCACGUUUUGGUGGAUGGCAAAGACAAGAGGGACUCGCACCUUGCUCGAUGAACUGACAGCGGGCACCGACAGCUCUUGGCCCACGCUAGCAGGACAGCAUGGCUGCUUUCCAUCAGCCGCUGCAUCGGGCAGCUUCGGCACGGCACCGCUCAGCAACAGUGGAGUACAAGUGAAGAUUGGAGUUAUGAUGCCAGGCACUGAGUUGCGCAUCGCUGAGCCAUGGUUCGUUCAAUGGCCAAUUUUUCUGCGUGUUGGAAAAUGGUCAUAUCCAUCAUAUCCGUUGUUGCCGCGUCGCAAGGCCGUGACGUCACACCACUUUCGCGUGCCAUGCGCCAGUGAGCUUUUGAAGAUCGGACGCAGCAGCACCAGCAUUCACGCAUACCACCACGCAUACCACCACAAACAACAGCAGCAGCAACAGCAGCAGCAACAGCUGUAGCAUCAGCAGCACUACCCCCACCACAGCAGCCGCAGGU